AUCGGAACAUGUCCUUUGUAUUAAAUAUAAACUCUUUGAUAAAAUCAAGUUUAAUAUACUCUUUAGUGUAUUAUCUAUGGUUAAAAUCGUGGUGUGCUCUUUGGUAGUGUAAUGUAUUGUUUUACAAAGUAAUUUUAUCGUUAUUGUGCAUUAUAAAUAGAAAAAUCGUUUAAAAUGAAGUCAAAAAAGCGUCACCACGAUAGUUCUGAUGAAUCUGAAGAGUCAGAUGUCAGUUUGAAAUCGUCUAGUUCUUCAGACAGCGGUAGCGAAGAUUCAUCGAUAUCGGAGGCCCGGCACAAGAAAAAAAGAAAACGUACCGAAUCUUCUGAUUCAGCUAGUAAUUCCGAUGAUCAGAAACGCGUAAAGAAACGCAAGCACAAGAAAAAGAAGAAGAAGCAUAACAAGAAAAAGCGACGAUCGCAAUCGUAUGAUGAUGUAUCCGACGAUGCUAUAUCUAUAAGCGAAGGUGAAAUUUCGCCUAAAAAGAAGAAAAAACACAAACAUAAGCAUUCUAAGCGGUCCCAAACUUCUGAUAGCGAAGAAGAAGAAUAUGGUAGUAAGACCGACCGUCGCUUACACAGCGUCGUAAAAGAACGCAGGCCAUCUUCAGAAGAAGGUUUUCAACCACCACGGACUUAUUAUCAAAAAGAAUAUCAUCGCUCUGGUUCUGGUGAAGAAUAUGGACGUGCACCUCAAAAAUUUCACCAGGAAUCAAGCAGACCACGACAUCAAGGAUAUCAGGACAGUUACAACUACGAUAGAGAGAGAAAUGAAAGAUUUGCCAACCAAGACGACAGACAGAGAGAUAAAUAUCGUCAAAAUAUAUCUUACAUUCCCAAUGAAGAGUACAGUGGGAGACAGCGGGAUUAUGAUGAAUAUAAAAGGUAUCCCAGAUAUGAAGAUCAAAGAAGAGAUGAUGAACAUUAUAGGAGGGAAAGGGGUGUGCCAUAUGAAUCUAGAGAAGAUACAAGAGGCAAUAAUAGAUACAAUCGUUUUGAGGAUAGGGGUCCUAAAAGGCGAGAGUUCGGUGACGUGAGGGAUUACCGUGAAAGACGUGGCCCAGCUGAGCCUGACCGUUAUCGUGAUAAGGAUUACGAGAAGAGAGAAAGGUUGCAAGAAGACAGAUACUCGUCAGAGAGAAGCCGUGACGUUCGUCGCGAGAGAUCUGGCAGAAUUGAAAAACCAGCGAUUCCUCCCCGCGGCGAGCAAUCGAGAUCAAAAAGUCCAGAAGAGCGCCACAGGGACGCAAGAAGGGGAGACAGAGGCGAGAGAGAUGAGAAACCGAAGAGAUCGGAGGACCGGGAGAGGGAUGACCGGCGGGACAGGAGCCGGGAGGAGCGGGCGCGCCGGGAGAAGCCACGCGACCGCAGGACCAGAUUCGAUAAUGCAAACGAUAACAAAGAAUACAGUUGGGGUAAAACUGAAGUGAAAAAUGAAAAUGACAAAAACCCAGGAGAAAAAGAAAAGCCCAACUUUGGCUUGUCUGGAAAAUUGACUGCAGAUGCUAAUACAGUGAACGGUGUUGUUAUAAAGUAUACCGAGCCCGAUGAUGCCAAGCAGCCAAAACGAAGAUGGAGGUUCUACCCGUUCAAGGGCGACAAGGCCCUGCCGAUCCUGUACAUCCACCGGCAGUCGUGCUUCCUCAUCGGGCGCGACAAGAAGGUGGUGGACAUCGCGCUGGAGCACCCGUCCAUCAGCAAGCAGCACGCCGCGCUGCAGUACCGCGCCGCGCCCUUCGCGCGCGCCGACGGCUCGCAGGGCCGCCGCGUGCGCCCCUACAUCAUCGACCUGGAAUCGGCAAAUGGUACAUUCGUGAACAACAAGAAAGUGGAACCGCGACGGUAUGUAGAGCUGCUCGAGCGUGACGUCGUAAAAUUUGGAUUCUCUCAACGCGAGUAUGUUUUGUUGCACGAGAACAGCAAAGACGACGCUCAGGAUGAUGACCAAGAACCAAAUGUGCCAGUGACUACUACAGAACAGAUUAAACAGGAAAAACGGGCUAAGGAGGUUGAAGCAGCGGAUGGUGAAUAGGUUUCUUUUGGUUUAUAGAUAAUAAAUAUAGGUGUAAGUUUAUGAUAAAUAUUAUAGUAAUUUAAACUUUUAAACUAUAUUAUGUAGUUUGUAGUUUUUUUUUUUGCGUAAGAUUGGGAGGUAAAAUUAUUUUUAAAAAUAUGAACAAUGUUUCCCUGUAAGUAAGGGCAAAAGCUGAUGUUGUUUGUAAAUUAUUUUAAGUUAAAUAGUGUUGACUCGAUUAAUUGUAAUCUAUCAGUCAGUGUUAUCAUCAAAAUUCAUGAGCAGCAAAUCAGAGUAUUUUAUGUACUUUAUAUUUCUAUAUAGUUUAACAAAUAUGUGCAUACUUAGAAAAUACGAACCAUUUAUUUUACACUUAUCAUAUAUUUUUAUGGACAAUCAUAUUUGUUGUAUAUAACUGUCAUAAAACUUAUUUUUUGACAGAUACAUGUGCACACUACUGACCAUAAGUUUGGAAGCAACAAAUUAAAAUAAAAGAAAACCACCAAAUAUUACUUUCGACGUAAUAUAAAAAUUUGUACAAUUUGUGUUGUUAAAAUUCUUAUAAAAUUCAGCUUGAUCAAAGUGGUCACGUUUUUCUUUUAUAUUUAUAUUUUUGUAUAUUCGAGAGGUUCUUUUUAACCUGGUUUUACUAUUUUCAAAACCUAAAAAUAAGGGCAGAGUUGUUAUCGAUAUCUUACGUAUAAAUGGCACAGCUUCCAGGUGCCAAUGCGAGAUGCGCGAUGCAAGUGUGAUUAAAUCCUAAAAAUUAAAAUCUAUAACUUGUUUAUUUUAUCUUAUUCUUAUCAUAUGCAAAACAACCGACAGAGUAAAUGUAAAAUAAUAAUGCGUUUCACCCAUAAUGUGAAUUUUGAGAAAACUUCACGAAUGUGUUUUUUUAAUAUACCAUAAUUAGGUAUAGAAAUUUAUAUUCGUUGUUUUGUUUAAAAAGAUGUGCUUUUAAACUUUUGCAAAGUAGUGUACGUAUAAUACUUGAUGUGUUAUUUUUUAAAUUCGAAAUUUUCGUAGUUAGAUUCAAGGGUAAGAGAAGUAAAUAAAACAUUAUGUUACUGAUACCAUACUAUGUCUCCAUCUUUAUUAGGUUAAGAUCAUAGAAGAACCAUACAUUAUUUUUGUUAUAAUAAGUUCUAUCAAUAAAAUAAAUGCAUAACUAUUGUGA